GGCGGCCGCCAAGUCGACGAGCCGAGGUAUCUCCGGCUCUGGUGGGCCAGUAAGAGUUGGAUACUAUGAAAUGGAAACUACAAUCGGCAAAGGCAACUUUGCUGUGGUUAAAAGGGCUUCCCACAUAGUCACGAAAACGAAGGUAGCAAUCAAGAUUAUAGAUAAAACACAACUAUGUGAGGAUAAUUUGAAGAAAAUAUUCCGAGAAAUAAAGAUUAUGAAGCUGCUCAAGCAUCCACACAUUAUUCGUCUUCAUCAGGUGAUGGAGACAGAGAGGAUGUUAUAUCUGGUCACAGAGUAUGCGAGCGGAGGGGAGAUAUUUGAUCACCUUGUUGCUCACGGGAGAAUGAAUGAAAAAGAAGCACGAAAGAAGUUCAAACAGAUUGUAGCUGCUGUGUCCUACUGCCACUGUCGUCACAUUGUCCACCGGGAUCUCAAGGCUGAAAACCUACUGCUGGAUGCCAACCUUAAUAUCAAAAUAGCUGAUUUUGGGUUCAGCAACUAUUUCUCCCCUGGAACCAAACUGAAAACAUGGUGUGGCAGUCCCCCAUAUGCUGCCCCAGAGCUGUUCGAAGGGAGGGAAUAUGACGCCCCCAAGGUGGAUGUCUGGAGUCUGGGGGUGGUUCUCUAUGUACUUGUGUGUGGUGCUCUGCCAUUUGAUGGCAGCACACUGCAGUCGCUGCGAUCUCGGGUGCUCAGCGGCAAAUUCCGCAUUCCAUUUUUCAUGUCUACAGAGUGUGAAAACUUAAUCCGACACAUGCUGAUUGUUGAUGCCAACAAGAGGUUGUCAGUGGACCAGAUAAUUACACAUAAGUGGAUGAAGCUCGGCGACAUAGACGUGGAGUUUCAGCAAAUGAUCCAGGAGUACAACCAAGUUGAGGACCUGGACCCAACCCGCACGAUCCAACCAAACCCCCAGAUCCUGCAGUAUAUCGAGGAACUAGGCUUCGACAAGGAGAGGACCUUGAAGUCUGUGCUGGAGCAGUGCUACGACCACCACAGUGCAAUCUACCAUCUACUCCUUGAGAAAUACAAAAAGCAUCCAAAGACACUGACCAGCAAACUUCCUAGUAUAGUUCUGCCCCAGAACUUGCCCAUAGCGACGAGGACAGAGAGGAGGUCCAGCAUCACCACUGGUGUGGUGGAGCGAGUGGAGGUGCCUGUGGAGGUCCACGAAGGGGAGAGGGCGUCUCCUCAACCCCCCACCACCCUGCCCCUCCUAGCUGCUCAUCUAAGUGCCAUUACCCAAGUGCAAUUUAACAACGACAAAAAUCAACUCUCAGCUCCUGAGGACAGUAAUCAGUCAGAUUCUGACGAGGAGCCAUGCCCAGAGGCUCUGGCACGGUAUUUGGCGAUGCGGCGCCACACAGUCGGAGUUGGCGACCCCCGGCACGAGGCGCCAGAAGAUGCCCGAGUCAAGAUGGCCCAGAACCAAGCCCUCAUAGCCACUCCCCAGCCGACGUUCUUCAUGCCGUUCACGACGUUCCCCAACACAAACCUCCCGCAGUACCUCCCACCAGUCUCCUCGCCCCUCCAGAACGUCUCCAUCACUGAUCACAACCUGCUUCAGCCUCCCAUUCCAGGGCAAGGUACAUCCCAGAUGGGUAGAAGAGCAUCUGAUGGUGGUGCUAACAUCCACCGCUUCUCACAACACUUCCAACGCCAGAUGUACUUCGACAGCCAACCAGGAAGUCAUGAAGGGUUGUCUCCCCUGAGUCAGACCACACUGUCCCCGACAGGGUUGUCUCCCCUAAGCCAGUCGACACUGUCACCUACAGGGAUCCCACUGCCCACGCCGUCCCUGCAGAACUCUAUCACAGUUGAGGAGGUGGAGGAUGUGGGAUCAGACCAGGAGCCGGACGCUGAUGCAGUGCACAGAUAUUUAAACAACCGUGGGUGGUCCAAACGGCACACGUUAGCGAUGGCCAAUCCAAUGAAUGAGAUUCCCGAGGAGCUGCAGCGGAAACUGUCCCUCCAGCCAAUCAGACAUAGACGAGGCGGGGGCCUCCUGUCCCCCACAGAACGCUCAACUACUCGUGACUCCUUCAAGGACAUCACCACACUCCAUCUUCCCAACGAGCGGUUUUCACCAGUAAGGCGAGCUAGCGACGGUCUGGCCAACCUGCCGAAGUACCAGCAGCUUCACCUGGAGAAGAUCUUCAAUCAGACCCUUGGUGCACAGCAGCAACAACAGCAGCAGCAACAACAGCAGGGUCAGGGGUCGCGACACAACAGUCAGAACAGUGUCAAGGCCAUUCAGCAGGAAUGCCAAGAACUGCAGAAACAAGCUGGUUCAGUGGAUGUAGAAAAACAAGCAGAACUGCAGCAAAAACACACAAUGUCCCUCUUUCAACAAUCUCUUCAGACAACAUCCACUCUGCAGAGAUCUCCCGUGCCUUCCCCACCUCUCCCUGCAUCUCCCAGUUUCCAACGGCAACAAGUCACAUCAGAUGUGUUGCCAGGCAACCUGUAUCAGCACCUUCAGCGACUGCACCUACAGCAGAUCCAGACAUCGAGUGCCUCCUCCCCGUUCAGCCGAACCUCACCCCCGACAUUGUCCUCUGUCCUUCCACCAUCUCAGCGUUCCGAGUCCCCCACUCAGACCUACACCCACCUCCUGCAAAACUACCCCCAGUCCCACCAGCGUAGCAGCUCACCUCCCAACUUCCAGAAUCUCCACAUGAUCCGAGAGGAUGCGGGGGACGCCGCCGAACCCAUGAGGACAGACGAAGAGGACAUGUUUGUAGAUACAACAGCAAGCAGCGAAAAAAAUGCACAGGAAGUGAGACAUAGACAGUUUGCGGGGAAACCGCAGAUCAGCAUCACUGAUACACAAGGUCAUGUGACCGAUGUGACGAACGAAGACGAUGAGCGUGUAUUAGAUAGAACGAAUGUGCCAAAGACUGUGGCUUCCGGGGCCUCGCGGGAGUGUCGUCAGGGGUCGGAGCCAGUCCGCUGCAGUCAACUAUGACCUCCGACCCCAUUCAAACAGGUCAUCACCCCCGGCAACCCAGUGCCCCCAAUUUUCCCAUGUAUCUUUUUAAUAACUAUGUAAAUACAAACCUGGCUGGCAUCCAGCCGCCAUUGUUCCCACCAGAUGAUGCCGCUGCGGAGAUGGGCAUGGUCAACUUGUGUAACUCCCAGUUCAUCCUCAACAGCUCUCGACUCCACCGAAGCAACCAGUCACGGUUCCGGCGCCAUCACACCCUCCAUGAUGCCCGUGACCCCUUCUUCCAGUACUCCCUUCAAAACACACCCCUCAUUAACACAGACUCUAUACCUCGAGGUCACAGCUUCGACCAGACCGACCUCCAGUCGAGGACGGUCCUUGAUCUCUCGCCCCCAACACAAGGCCGCCCACAUCACCCACUCCCAUAGCCAGGAGAAUGUAGUGUCGUCGCCUAUCAAUGGCUGCUAUUUCACCAACCCAUCGCCCAGUUGUUUAGACUCUUCCAAAGUCGUCAUCAACAUCAACCGGGACCUGCACAAAUCUAUGGACGAUGUAUUUUCUGCCAUCAAAAACAUGUUAGAUACUCGAUGUCCGGAUGUGGACUAUCACUGCUCGCAAAACUUGUUCCGUCUGCAGAACGCUGACGUGCAGGUGGAGCUGGAGAUUUGUGACGGGGACGUUCCGGGUGUGCAGGUGCGGAAGCUGUCCGGGGACAGUCUCCAGUACUCCCGGUUGUGUCAUGAUCUGCUCUCCUGCAUGAAUAACUAAGUCAUUGGCAUCUCCCUGUCACAGUCACAGCAGCUGUAGGUAAACCUAGGGUAUCUGUCACACUCACUGCAGCUGUAGGUAAACCUAGGGUAUCUGUCACAGCAGCUGUAGGUAAACCUAGGGUAUCUGUCACAGUCACAGCAGCUGUAGGUAAACCUAGGGUAUCUGUCACAGCAGCUGUAGGUAAACCUAGGGUAUCUGUCACAGCAGCUGUAGGUAAACCUAGGGUAUCUGUCACAGCAGCUGUAGGUAAACCUAGGGUAUCUGUCACAGUCACAGCAGCUGUAGGUAAACCUAGGGUAUCUGUCACAGCAGCUGUAGGUAAACCUAGGGUAUCUGUCACAGCAGCUGUAGGUAAACCUAGGGUAUCUGUCACAGCAGCUGUAGGUAAACCUAGGGUAUCUGUCACAGCAGCUGUAGGUAAACCUAGGGUAUCUGUCACAGCAGCUGUAGGUAAACCUAGGGUAUCUGUCACAGUCACAGCAGCUGUUUUAAAACCUACAAUAUGACCAGUUUAUGAGGUGCCCUAUUUCAGAAUAGUGAAUAUAUAUAGAAUAAGUGACCGCUGUCCUGACUCACAGCAGAGUCUGAUCCCAGCAGCUGCCGGUAAGGUAAACAAUAACCCAUGGAAGUAUGUCACUCUACUACUUGUCUUUCAUCCACUGGUCGAGUAUUAUUUCU